CUUUGCCUUUUUCUGCGCAUCAGCGAAGGCGAUGAGGAAUUUAUAUUCUCCGCUGUGUCAACAGGUCACAAAGGGGGCACUUUUAUGUGCGCUCGCGCGAGCGACUGUGCGGCGCGCGUCUGUUUCCAGUAGGGGACGGCCUCCCGUGAGUCUACUGGCUGGCCGCCCGUCCAACUGAAUGCAGCUGGAGAUUAGUCCGUGUUUCUGCCCGUCGUGAAGCUCGCAAGCCUUUACAAAUGGUGCUUGUUGCGACAUCGCCUUUUUCAACUGCCUGGGGAGAACAUCGCACGGGCGUCUGCAAAUUUGCUUUUUUCCAAGGGGUGAAAAUAUCGGAUGGUGUGCUGUAGAGAGGGGAGCGUGCUGGGAGCGGGUAUCCUCGCGUGUCUGGGAGUCGACGUAAGAGACGUGUGGGCGUCGGUGGAUAGGGGUGUCUGUUUUGAUAACCAACACACCAAGACACCGCCAGUGUGAAGAAAGCUGCCUUCCCGCGCGUGCGAGGGGUGGCACAGUACCUCACCUCGUCUCGAGAAAUCUAGACACCGAUUCGAACGGGGGGGGGACGAAGGGAGGACUGCAUUUUUUUAUGUCUGCCUUCUUUGCUCGUCCGAUUAGUUGUCCCUGGUUAGACGUCUGCUUUUUCAGCGUGCUGUCUCCUGCGCGUUUCCUUAAACGCUUCCUCGAAUGCUGCGAUCUCUUGGAGAGACUAGUGCGUAGUCAAGCGGAAAAGCGGAGCCGUAACAUCGUGUCUGCGCCGCUAGUCCCGUACUCAUCCCGUAGGUUCCGAUGCUCCAUCCGGCUUCUGCAAGAACACUCGGGGAUAUAUGAGUUCCUUCGAGUGUCGAGUGCGAUUGGCAAAGAAAUUCGCUGUUUUCAUUUACCAUGAUAUCGAAGAAAGUUUUCGUCUUGCACUGAAUUUUGUUCCAAGGUGCCUUCCUUGCAACUGCUUGCCAACGAGACACACACUUGGCAGCUGCUUACGGAAAGCGCCCGCUUUGUGACGUGCCCAUCUGCGCGGAUAUAUGGCGAUGAAUGCCACUGUGAAUUUCUGCAGUCAAGGCGUGAGAGCUUCAGAUGUCGACGAUCGAACAAGCGGGUCAAACUGGGAGGGCUGCACAACACGCGUGAGAUGGUAAUAUAAAUGGAGAGUCUAAAGAACUUUUGAUUUCCGCUCUUAUCAAAGCAACGCAGUGCCGACACACCACCAUACCAAACUCCAAGUGCGGACAGAGGGGGCAGAAAGAACACCAUUCGAAGUGGCUCUCGGCGACGACAGUUGUUUCGUUAUUCUGCCUCGAAAGAACCGUCCGUAUCCAAAUUCCGAUCGUACUUCGCGUACUAUCCAAUGCUGCAGUAACACGUCGGCUCAACAGGAUUUCUGGUUGUCGUCGUGGGGUUUUAUAUGAGCUCAUCGACUCUGAACACACAGCAAGAACGUCGUUUAUGAUCGCGCGAAGAUAUGCCGUUUCUCAUGGAGAUGUCCUGAAGUCUAGUUUUUUGGUGUAGACAUCGGAGACCCACCGCCCUAGAAGCCGAAGUGCGUGGAACAAAGGUAAUUUCGUCUACUUAUUCCAGGCAAUAAAUCGUGUCCAACGGUCUGGUGGGGGGACCCCGGGGACUUUGAAUACCGCUUGCAUUCUGUGUCGCUGAAGGGCUGCUCAAUUCCGCGGCCAGGAAUCUACGCCGCGCAGAAUAUCUGUAGGUGUAGGCGACUUGAUGCUAGAGCCCCCAUCAAUUUGUGGCGGGCUCGUUCCGUGUCCAGUGGCCGUGAUUCUGUUUGUUCGGCUGCACGGCCAGCUCGCUAGACACGUGGAAAACCUGUUCAUUGUGAGGAGCUGUGCGAAACCAUAUUCUUCAGGGCGCACUAAGGAAUUUCAGUGGAAGUUUCAUAAACAGAAUUCAAGACCGGGACUGCAAAGGCCUGCCGAGCCUCCUUCGCAAGUCAACGACGGUUUUUCUGUUGCAUGCGCGAAGCGACGGGGAUUUUUACCCAUUGAAGUCUGAGCGCCUUGUUGUGGAAGUGCGUACCGAGGGGAGUUGUCGGGUGCGAUCGCCGGUUUUGUCCCCUAAUCGACAUCAAGGUACCACUCGUCAGACUUCAGAGUGACGGAGUGUCACACACCAACAAGCGUGUCAAAGCAGUUUGUGGAAGUUUCGUCAGUGACGGAUUGCGUUCAUACCAUGGCAAACACAGCAGCGUUUGCGGGGGACGGCGGGAAGACGCAGGAGAGCGUUCUGUCUGCGUCUGUUAAGGCGACUGCUCUACUAGAUCAGCUGCUUCAAGGACUGGGCGAAGAAGAGAAACGCGUUGCAAGGGUUGUCCUACGGCACUGGUUGUCGACUCUCUCAGAUGCGAAUUCUCAGGUACACGCGCGGCGAUCGGCAGAGCGAAUGGGCGACGCUUCGCCGUGUGAGGAGAAAUCCGAAAAUGGUGAAUCCGUGCUUCCUUCUGUUGCGAUGGAGGCUAGAGCGGAUGAACUUGCUGAAGCUUGUGCGGAGAAGGAUUUGCUUCUCUCUGCAGCAGCAGCCCUGCGGCAUCACCUAUGUCGUAGCUAUUCUCGGCACCUGCAGCCACAGACACCGAGUCAGGCAAACGGGCCGUGCUGUUCCUCUUGUUUUGCGCCCACUUGCCGACGAGUUACUCGCCUAGCGCCAGAGAAGAGGGCAGGCCUGCCAAUGCUGUGCGACUGUGCGUGUCCUGCGGCGGUGGAGAGGGCACUAUGCGGAAUCAGUUCGGCAACAGCCGCCGCAUGGACCGGUGUAUCUGCGGACGCACCGUUACAAACCGUUACGUGUGUGUCGACCGCCGCCGGGGCCGCUGCCACCGCAGCUGCAGCCGCUGUUGGGGUAUCAUCAGAUUCCCUCCAUGCAGCCUGCACUGUAGCUUCGAACCUUGUCUGCGCGGCUCUUCGGGCGCAGCUGAGGGCGGCUUCGCAGAAUGAGGCCGAACAAGCAAACGAAAAGGUUCUAUCCAGAGUCAUCUAUAGUUUGUACUGCGGAAAGUCCACUUCCUCGAUGAGGCGACCCGAACAGCUCGACGCAGUGGCUGCCGGUCAUGCUGUGGUGUUGCCAGCAAAGGUGAACGACGAAGCCACACUCUGUUGCAGCACCGGCAGUGAAGCCGAGAGGUUUCCGGAGUUCGUUCCGAAUUCGGGGAAGCAGGGGUGUCACCCGCUGGUAGAACUCGAUAGCUCGAGCCCGUUACCCCUUCUUCCAACGACGUUCAGUGCUCUAAUAAGCCAUGCUGAACAAACUCGAGACAAGGACUUGCUUCUUCUGCUUCUCGCAAUUUCACAGGACUCGUCUCAGGUCUCGCGAUCUGCUGAUUCGAGUCCCCGGCGUGAUUCCGGCAGCCUGGCGCUGCGCAGUGCUGGAGACCGAGUGCUCGACUCGGUGAAUUCGGCUAGAAACCACGUCGAGAAGGAGAAAGUCCGACCAUUCUUGACUCUCUCUGAUACCUCCGCACUCGUUCUCCGCGGUGUGGGCACGGCGAGUGCCAGCUGGCGCAGAUUCUGCGUGAGGACCGGGGGGACCGAGAGUGACUCGAGCGCGGGUAGAACUGGUGCUAGAACCAGUGUCGCGACAGAGGACAAUGCUGGUUUGUUGCAACAGUGUCACACAGAUGGGGACUCUGAUCGAAAUGGCGUGCAAAUGGAGGCUUCUCAGGAGUCCGUUCCUACGUUCAAAAUGGGGAUCUUCGCACCGGCGGACCACAGCAAAGGUCUGAGUGAUGAGGGGAGCGUAGCAGCCACGCGCACGAGCACAAUGAAUGACAGUGGCAAUGUGCCAGUAGCUGUCUCUGCUGCGCUGUCGUCGGCCUUGAUGGGAGACGACUGCUGGGAAGAGAACGUGGCUGCUGCUGCCUUCCCGUUGGAGGAAGGGGGAGAAGGACCGCGAGACAAGGUGGUGGUCCCUCGUCUGUCCAGUCCAUGUAGCGAGUCCCGAAAUACACCGCCGCGCGUGCCUGGACCUUCCGACGUUCCGGCGGCAAGCGUCGAGCAGUUCCUUUUGUCUCUUACAAGCGAUGCCAUGUCCACGACGUCUUGUUCUUCCGAACUGUCGUCGGCGGCUACGUCUUCUUUUACAUGCGUCUGCGGGCGCGCCUCUUGUCAGCUGUGCUACUGUCCGAACGACGAGCAUGUGCGCCCAGAGGCAGCUGCAACCGAGGCCGCCGCGAUUAUGAGGGGCUUCCAGCGACUAGGAGCAGACGCCACACGCGACCCGAACGAAGCGCUCUUCGAACUGCUUCGAAAGACGCCUUGCAUGCCGCCACCCGGGCUCACUAGGGGGAGUGGAGUUAGAAUGCGUAUGGGGAAAGGCGGAGGCGCAGGGAGCAACAACAGAACAAGCGAAGUUCAGAGCAAUUUGGAGGCUUUGCAACAAACAGAUGGGAGUCUUGCGACUGUCCACGACGGAGAGAAGAGUCCAACGGAGAACGAUGAAGGGGAGAGGAAGCUCGAAGCUAGUGAGGAGGGAAUGCUGGCAGCAACAGCUCUGCUGAAUUCUCUAUCCAUCCAGUGCGGAAGGGGGGAUGGCCCGACCUCUCAGGCUGACGACCACCAAGACAUUGACACGGAACUCGCUCAGCGUUUCUUGCAUCUCGUGCAGGCUUGCAGCGGUCAACGGAAGCCGACAGGUGUGAACAGUGAGAAGAGCGUGCUCGUUCUCCGAAAGGGUCAUGAUUUCGAGGGAGCGAAGCAGGUGGCUAGCGACACGAACUUGUACCUGAGAGGCGGACAGGGAGGUGCAGCCGAUCACACAGCGUCGACGACUGACUGUCUGUCGGUUGACACCAAAAACAGUGCCGAUUCAGUUGCAGAAACGGCUUGCCGUAAGGCAUCGAAACCCAUUCAUUCCGCAUCGGGAGGUUCCGCUCGGCCGAGUACAGCUGCUGGGAAGAUGAGUAGGUCCCUUGGAGUGGGAUCGCAUGUAGUCAGUGCUUCCACAAGCAGCUACUCGCUCCCUCAAACACUCGUUACGAAUAAUGCUGGCGGCCGUGCUGAUAGUGUGGAAGGCGCCACAGACAAUGUUGGAAACGGACAAGAGGCGGAGUCGGGUGGUCAAUCGGGAACAGGAGGACAGUGGACUGACGAGCGGAGCGGAGACGACGUUUAUCGGUACGGUGUCCGUCUAAGGCACUUGGGCCGAACAGGCAAAGUAAAGGCGUGCUGGACCGUAUGGAGCAAACUCAAGAACAGUCGAGGCUUGCAGCCAAACGCAGUGGCGUAUGGGUGUAUGUACGAUGCGCUUGUGAGCAACGGCCGCGUUGUUGAGGCAUUGGAGCUCUUCGAGGAAAUGAAGCGAGAAGGCCAAGUUCCGCCCAAUACAAUCAUGUAUUCUACAAUUAUAAAAGGAUUUGCCCAGAGCAAACAGCUGGAUAGGGCGCUCAAGAUGUACGCGGAGAUGCAACAAAACGGAGUGGCCAUUAACACUGUUACCUUCAAUUCCAUUGUAGAUGCGUGCGCGCGUGUCGGUGCUAUGGACAAGGCAGCGAUGCUUCUCGAAGACAUGCUGUCUCAGGGAAUAAAGCCAGACUUGAUCACCUUCUCGACAAUCAUAAAAGGAUACUGCGUGCAUGGAGAGAUGAACAAAGCUCUGCAUCUUCUGAAGGCCAUGCGGGAGAGGCAUAUCAAACCUGACGGUGUACUGUACAACUCUCUCCUGGAUGGCUGUGUCAAAACUGGAAGGGUGUCGCUGUGCGAGUACCUGUGGGAGGAGAUGCAGAGGGAGGAGAUACCACCGUCGAACUUCACGCUGACCAUUCUCAUUAAGAUGCACGGACGCCUCUACCAGCUGCAGAAAGCGUUUGACCUCGUCAAGGAGUUACCCCGAAAAUAUGGUUUCAGCAUCAACGCGCAUGUCUACACGUGCCUAAUGGCAGCGUGCAUUGUCAACCGGGAGUAUUAUCUUGCACUUGAGGUAUACGACUGCAUGGAGCGGAGCGGAGUUCGUGGUGACCCAAAGACACUCACCACCAUAGUUGGAGGAUGUAUCAAGGGGCGAAUGAUUCGAGAAGCGGUCAACAUCGUCUCAAGGGCUCUUGAUCAAAUGGUUCCAUCAGGGGGGUCGGCACCAAACAUUCAGGGCGGAGACUUAGGCCCCUCGCAGCACACGGGAUUGACUCUGGUGGACGAGAAAACUCUCCGGUUUGUUAUCCAGCAAACCAAGGCACAUGGACUGGCAGAGGAACUUGGACUUCCACUGGUUCAUAAAGCAAUAAGCGUGGGUCUUCUUCGUGGCCGGAAUGCUAUGACAGCCUUGCAUGCGGUGGGAAGCUAUUCAACCCCGGCGCUCCCCGUGGUCCCCCCUCGACCCACAUCGGACGGUCCGAAGCAGCGCAACAGUCAGGGCACCUUCCCACGAGCUUCGUCAAGAUGCGGGAUAAGUAGUGUUUUGAAUGGGGUAGAUGGCCUGCCAGUUAGCUACAGCCAAAGCGACAGACACGACAUCGGCGUGAUGUCGCUUCCUACGGGACGUGCAGGCGCUUGCUCUUCCGUUCAAGGUAUUUCACCAGGUGUCCAUGAAGCGGCUGUCCCGUACGGAGCGUGUUUCGAUGACUUCAACCAGCUUGGUUACCCGGAGCAGCGUCACCAAGGCGAAGUGAAUGAGGAUAGUGCCUUCGCCUCCUGCGCCGCCUAUGCGAUCCCCUCGGCACUACGUCUUGACGCCGACUCAGUCCCGAAGAAACCGAGCGCGAAUCCACAGAGAGAAACUGACACAUACGCACUCUCAAGCAACUGCCCACGGCUGGAACAGUAUUCGGAGGCCUCGUGGCAGUGUGGAGGCAAGUCCCAUCAGGAUGUGGCCGUGUCGGCGUCAAGGCCAAUAGGAGAGGUACCCCGUGUCACAUCCGCUCAAAAUGGUGUUGGAGGCAGUUGUGCUGUGCGAACGACAUCGUCAAGCUGCGUCAACGACCAGUCAGCAUGUCGACAGACCCUGAAUGUGGAGCCAUAUGUCCAAGCCGAUUCAGCGCCUCGAGUCGGUUCGACCCAGGGCACAUCUGGGGAUGGAGUCGAUGGCUCUCUUCUUCCCACGCUUUUGAGUGUCAAUUUGUCAACUGCAGGUGGCCCGCGUGUACGCUCGCAGCAGGUUUCAAGGGAGACUAUUUCUCGUCGCCAUCGGGAGGAGAUACACGACGUCUGCGCAGAAAUCGGCCGUGCUUCUGCCCGCGGUGAGAUGAUGAUCUUGAGAGCGAGGCCACAGUCCCCAGGUGUUUCUGAAAGUUAUGUCGACACUUUGACAUCUAAGUUGGAUAAUCGAGGACUAGACUCUUUCGGACGAGCUGACGGGGCGACUGAAAGGGAUCCCGCGUCCCUUGUGUCAUCCAUGGCUUCCCCCAUGCAUGCUCAACAGUUAAUGGCAUUGCCGCUAGAGAGAGUCCUGGUGGGGACUCCGGAUGGGUUGACGGGCUUUUCACAAGAGGGAAACUUUGAGUUUUACGCCUCGGGCCCCAGAGCCGCCUCUACAGGGAAAGGCAGCAGUCGCUUUCUGCUGCAACAUCGCAGAGGGGUGCGCGGUCAUCAGAUGCCUUGUAACAACUCCGGUCUUUCGGUCUCGUCCAUUUCUGGUGUCUUUGGAGUGGGAGACCCCUUGAGUACCAGUGAGAGCGGUACUGAGGAGUGUAGCUGGAGCAACGGGCACGGGCUGCAGCGUUUUGGGAUUCGAUGUGGACAUGCACGCCAGCCAGCUUUCGGGGAUGGUUGCCGACCACAUGGACGCCUUCACUUCCAGCCUCCGCCGCCUCCUUACUCCUCUUCCGGAGUCUCAUGUGGAGCGCCGGUUCCGGGAGCCACUGAAAAUGGGUACGGGGGCGGUGGCCGAAGACGGCGGCAGGCGCAGGCGCAGAACAUGUGGAGAGCUGAUGCGCGGCACCCUCCAAGGAAAGAGGGCUGCUAGAGGUGUUGUCUUGGUCUCACUGCAUGGUUGUUGGGGUGAACGUAGUGUUGCUGAAUGGUAAUUCACUGUCAGGGGCACUGCUGUGUGAAGACGUUGGCAGGGUGUCAACGGCAAAGAGGCUUUUCGUACGCAAACACUAGAGAAUACAGCCGUCCUAAACCACCUAGAUAGCCAGGCAUUUAUGAACGUGAUGCAUCUGACGACGCGAAAGAGAAUCACUCGCAAAAGAUGAAGUGGUUUUGCCUUGCGAUGCCUUGUAGAAGAUCAAGGCGUACAUCUGGAUGCGCUAGAUGUAUGUGUACGCCUGUUAUUUGUGUACGUAUGCCAACGGCAUCAUGCAACGCCAGCGUCUCUCGUGUUUGCUCGUCGUGGAAGCCAUAUCGUGCUGAGAGCGCGGCAGAGUCACGACGCCAGCUGCUCUUGUAUCACUGGACCGGAGGUGACAUUCGGCUGGCGUUCCACGAUUGCCACUGUCUGAAUGUGUUGUGUAUGUACGCACGUGUUCGUUUCACACAUGAAACGUGGUAGCUCCUUCAGUGUGGGAUCACCCUCCGUGAAGAACGAUCUGUUAGCAGCCGAGGUGAAGCAGUUACCAGAAUAGCUGAUGGUAACUUUCACGUUCAUAUUAUAACAAUCGGGUGCAGAGACGCCGCCAAAGUUCAUUUGAACCCGUGCUCCCCUUGGGGGUUGGUCGAGUACCUUCAGUUGAAAGUUGAUCGUGCGUGUCGCAGAAAAGCAGUUUUCUCAUGAGUGGGUAUGGUCCCCUUUUUAAAGACGAUAGGGACCCAAUAUUCAGGUUUUCGGGAUGGAACAUCAGGUAACAGUGUCUAUGCGUGCUGCUACUGAAUCGGAAAACGGUGCGGGGGAUCAGUUUAUUCCCCGUCUGUUAGCCUGCCUUGUAUGAACGACUUCAAUCAUUUUUGAAGCACUGUGCAUCGUGUUACAGAAAGGUUUAUUUCGAGGAAGUCGGUGUAACGGGUGGGUCCACGUGCCCAUGUUCUGAAUUGGAGUCGGUGGAAUAUGCUGAAUCUGCAGGUUUCCGAGUGCAGGUUUGAGGGAAGUCACACCGUUUUUCCGUUCCGUCUCGUUUGUGUCUACAGUAUCAUGCUGUUACCUAUACUGUGUGAUAUAUUACAGUCCAGCGUUUUCUCCUGGACGCGACGUGCCGUCAACACGCUGAUGCGGAAUCCACAAUUCUUCCAGAUAAUGCAUAUGUAUAUGAGGCGCCCGAGAAGUCGGUUGUUUCGCCCACAUUCGCUACGCAUCAUAAUAGAAGACGGGGUUACCACAAUCAUGCUUACUAUGGUAUACAGGGCACGUACUUCCAGUUUGGGGAGCAACACGCCGCAGAUGAGGCCGCAGGAUAAACGUGGAAUUUCGUUCAGCAAGCAUGAUGGGGCUUCGAAGCCAGUCUACACGUGAUCCUGAAGUUCCGUGGUAUUGGUGGACGGUACCUGUACGUAGUGAGUGCCACAAACGAACGUGAUUCCGCGUACCGUUUUUGCACGCUGCUAGACUCGUGAGCCACGUGCCUCUGUUGUUGGUUGCCCUUCGCGCGGUCGAUGAAAAUCAAAGGGCCAGAUGGAUUCGCUGAAGCGUGCUGACUACGUGAUAAUCAGCCCUGUUGCCAGAAUGACACAAAAACGUUGACAACAGGCGUAGUUCUCUGAAGCAAUCUGAGUUCAGCAGCAAGUUGAUCCGAGCGUGCGAGACAGCACCAGGACGAACACGUCAUCGAUUCAAACUUCGGGAGAGCGUAUGGCGCGCGGAAGCUAUCUGCAUGUUCCCUUCCACUCUCUAGUCUGGAUUCUCGGUCAUUUAGUCAAGAUAGAGCUUGAACGUCGCCA